UCAGGCACCCAAUGUGAGCAAGGUUAGAGUUAACACAUGUAGCAGCGAUUAAGAAAAAAAGGUGGAAGCCGGUUUCUAGCUCAUUGCUGAGAGCUUAGUUUGCCACCCUUUCUUAGACUCGAUACCUUGCGAGUGAUUGAAGUUGUCGAGACAGUACAGUAGCGCAGCUGCGAACAGCAAGAGGGAGAGAAGAUGGCGGACGAUCCGAGUGCAGCAGAUAGGAAUGUGGAGAUCUGGAAGAUUAAGAAGCUAAUAAAAAGCUUGGAAGCAGCUAGAGGGAAUGGUACCAGUAUGAUUUCCUUGAUCAUUCCUCCCAAGGACCAAAUCUCGCGUGUGGCAAAGAUGUUAGCUGAUGAAUUUGGUACAGCUUCAAACAUAAAGUCUCGAGUGAACCGUCUCUCUGUCUUGGGAGCAAUUACAUCUGUGCAGCAGAGACUUAAACUUUAUAAUAAAGUCCCACCCAAUGGUCUAGUUGUCUACUGUGGAACUAUUGUAACAGAAGAAGGCAAAGAAAAGAAAGUCAACAUUGAUUUUGAACCCUUCAAGCCAAUCAAUACGUCUUUGUAUUUAUGUGACAACAAAUUUCAUACAGAGGCACUCACAGCUCUCCUUUCUGAUGAUAGCAAGUUUGGUUUCAUUGUAAUAGAUGGCAGUGGAGCACUUUUUGGUACUCUUCAAGGAAAUACACGAGAGGUUUUACACAAAUUUACAGUGGAUCUUCCUAAGAAGCAUGGGAGAGGAGGGCAGUCUGCAUUGCGUUUUGCACGUCUAAGAAUGGAAAAACGACACAACUAUGUCAGGAAAGUAGCAGAAACGGCAGUACAGCUAUUUAUCUCUGGCGAUAAAGUAAAUGUAGCUGGCCUUGUAUUGGCUGGGUCAGCAGAUUUCAAAACCGAACUCAGCCAGUCGGACAUGUUUGAUCAGAGGUUGCAAUCCAAAGUUUUGAAGUUGGUAGAUAUAUCUUAUGGUGGCGAAAAUGGUUUCAACCAGGCAAUUGAGUUGUCUACAGAAGUCCUUUCAAACGUGAAAUUUAUUCAAGAAAAAAAGUUAAUAGGAAGAUAUUUUGAUGAAAUUAGCCAGGACACUGGAAAAUAUUGUUUUGGUGUUGAAGACACUCUGAAAGCUUUGGAAAUGGGAGCUGUAGAAAUUCUGAUCGUCUAUGAAAACCUUGAUAUCAUGAGAUAUGUCUUAAGAUGCAAUGGCUCUGAAGAAGAUAAAGUUCUCUAUCUAACACCUGAACAGGAAAAGGAUAAAUCCCACUUCACUGACAAAGAGACUGGACAGGAGCACGAAUUAAUAGAGAGUAUGCCCCUGCUAGAAUGGUUUGCGAACAACUACAAGAAAUUUGGAGCAACAUUGGAAAUUGUUACAGACAAGUCUCAAGAAGGAUCCCAGUUUGUGAAAGGAUUUGGUGGAAUUGGAGGUAUCUUGCGAUACAGGGUAGACUUUCAAGGAAUGGAAUACCAAGGAGGCGACGACGAUUUUUUUGACCUAGAUGACUACUAAGUAGCCAACACAUCUGGCAAUGCCUAUCCCCCCAGCAUCCUACCCAAGCAGAAGUUUCAUGACGGAACCCUAAUAAAUUUCCUGCCUUAGAAACUGGACAUUUCAAAAACGUGAUCUAAAAGCAUUGGAUAUGAGUGAAACAUGUUGUUUUGUUAGUAUACUAUGAAAUUACGAGAUUCCUAAAUGCCACUUGACAUAUUUCACACACUUCAUUUUUACUUAUGAAGAAAUAAUUUCUACUCUAUUUUAAGUUUAGGUUUUUUUGUUUUAAUUCCUUAUACACAAGCAAAAUACAUCAGCUGCUUUAAAAAUCCAAUCAACUUUAUUAUUAGUGACUGUUUUCAACAUUCUUUUUACUCCAUGGAAACCUUGUCAUUGACCCUUUUACAUUUGUAUGUUUUGCCUAGUGAACAAUCUAAUACAUAUUAAUUGUAAGACAAGCUAUACAAAUUGAUGGCAGAUAACACUACUGCCCAUUCUUCAAGAAAACAUUGAGUUUAGACUUUUUUACAAAUGCAUUGCGUAGGUUACUGUAGCUACAAUGUG